GGGUAAAAUGGCCUCUAGUGAACCACCUACAUUCUCUACCCCCGUACCAGAGAAAACAGAUUAUGCUCUGACGCCACGUAAAAUGGCUUCUAGUGAAUCACCUGCAUUCUCCACCCCCCUACCAGAGAAAACAGGUAUGGAACAACUUGAACACAUUUUUCCUGCGCCAGUGACAAUAAUCAUCAUUUUGGGGGCGAUAGCUGGUAUUGUUACAACUAUCCUUCUCAUUUAUUACCUCAUCAGCCGAAUAACAAAGAAACGUUCAGUUGACAUCCAGCCUUCUGAGCACGAAGACAAUGGCGUGCCUUUAAGUUCGAUUGAACAGAGCAACAGUCAAGAACAAUACGCCAAAGUCUGAACCGCCUCAAAGAAAACACAAGACUUCGGUCAGUGGAAGAAGUAACAUGAAGAGUGGACAUUUCAGUCAAUUGUGUACCUUCCUAAGCUUACGCCAUCAUAAAAAAGAAAAUGUCAACAUCUGAGCUUCAGUGAUUCACAAUUUGGGGGGUUGGAAACCUCUGUUCAUUAAUAACCAAAGAUGAAAACAAAGUUUUCUUAUAUGCCUGA